AUGGCGGACAAGAAAAAGCUAUUGGACAAUCCUUAUAUUAAAUUGCAACGUUUGCACCAUUUAGCAGCAAUUCAAGUUAUUAUGCUAGUGAUUAGUUGGAUUGCAAGACGUAAGAAGGAACAUAAGCAUGUCAACAAUCAAAUUGCUCGUGAAUUACGCCUUCAUGGAGACCAAGCAAGAGAUGAACUAAUGUCACAUUUGUUGUCAAGUGAUCUGUGUCAUAACAUGAUAAGAAUGAGUCCUAGAGCUUUUCUAGGAUUAUGUGAAAUAUUAGUUAGAGACGGAGGUCUUAGACCAACUUUGCAAGUGUCUAUCGAGGAGCAAGUUGCAAGAACUCUAUAUUUAUUAGGUCAUAAUGUCUCCCAUCGUGAACUACCUUUCUUCUUCCGUCGUUCUUGUGAGACAAUCUCCUGUCAUUUUCAUAAUGUAUUGCAAGCUAUAGUAGAGUUAGAGGAAAAAUACUUAGUACAACCUGAUGGCUCAGAAAUCCCUUCAGAAAUAUUCAGCAGCAGUAGGUUCUAUCCAUAUUUUAAGGAAAAUAUUACCUUUGUUGAUGCUGGAUUCAUGUUAAGAAGUGGGCUUAUUACACCAUAUAGAGGAGAGCGAUACCACUUGAAGGAAUACUCAAGGAACCCACCACGAAAUCCACAUGAAUUAUUUAAUCUUCGCCAUGCAUCUCUAAGAAAUUCUAUCGAGCGAGCAUUUGGCGUCGUGAAGAAGCGUUUUCCUAUAAUAGGGAGCUCGACGGAGCCACAUUAUGGUUUGGAAACACAAAAGGAAAUUAUUUUUGCAUGUUGUAUUUUGCACAAUUAUUUAAUGGGUGUAGAUCCUGAUGAUAUAUUAAUUGCUCAAGUUGAUAACGAACUUAGUGAUGAAGUUCAAGAUGAGCAUGAUGGCACCGGGGAAAAUAGUGAAGAAACAAUUGCUGGAGAAAUUAUUAGGGAUGCUAUAGCAGUUGAAAUGUGGACUAAUUAUGUCGAGUAA